AUGGCGUCGAGUACGCCCCCACCAUCUCGUCCUGUCCCCCCACCGCCAGUUCCAGAAAUUGCCAACGGCGCCGGGACCGCCAACGACUUGCAGAAUGCGACCGUCUCAGACGUGAUCGCAGAUAGCAACGCAAAGGGCACAAAUACAUAUAUAAUCCCACCAGACGCGACCAAGGAGGACUUUGACGCACUCAAGGCAAAGGCAAAGGCCUCGUUGGGUCUGCCCCAAGUUGUACCCCCAGACAAGGGAGCUCAAGGCCUUGCUGUUCCAGCUACAAAGGCCCCGCCCAUCGUUCCGACAUUGACAGUCGAAGACGUCGAUGCGACGGAAACUGCAGAAGCAAAGGCGGCGGAAAAGUCUCCGCACUCUGCGGUUUCUGAAACGUCGACUACUCCAGGGGACUUGCCAGCGAAAAAGGCUCCCGUCAUUCCAGAUUGGUACAAGAUUGGAUGGCGACAGGUUUCAGGCAUCGACGAACCCAUGGCCGAGGGCGAAGAACGGGACCGCGGUAUUCUGUUCCAGUUCAUCGACGAACAGUACUAUGGCGAAUGGUACCAUAACGCCGCCAUCAUCAUUGUGGCUGUCGUCGUGACACACCUCAUGACUUUGCUCCGCAUGGGAUGGGGUUGGAUUCUCGUCCUUCUCGCCUUUUGCUGCACAUACUACUCGACGUCAAUGGAGCGCUUCCGUCGGAGGGCCAAAGACGAUAUGCAGCGCGAACUCACCAAGACGCGGCUCAUUGAUGAAACGGAAUCGGCAGACUGGAUGAAUCAUUUCAUGCAGCGCUUCUGGCUGAUCUACGAGCCAAUUCUAUCGGCUACGAUCAUGUCAUCCGUCAGCCAGGUUCUGUCUACGUCGACACCCGCCUUCCUUGACGCACUCGAACUUCCAACGUUCAACCUCGGCACAAAGGCUCCGCAUAUCGAUCACGUCCGCACCUAUCCUCAGACGGACGACGAGACUGUCGUUAUGGAGUGGGGAAUUAGCUUUACGCCCAACGAUGUGAUGGACAUGACCUACCGCCAAGCUUUGAGCAAAACCAAUCCAAAGAUCAUUCUCGGAGUGCGAGUCGGCAAAGGGUUCACCGCCUCUAUGCCGAUCCUCUUGGAAGAUAUCACCUUCAAGGGUGUCAUGAAGAUCAAGAUGAAGCUCAUUGGAUCAUUCCCUCACAUCCAAACCGUCGACCUCUGCUUCACCGAAAAGCCGUGGUUUGACUUUGUGCUCAAGCCAAUUGGUGGAGAGACAUUUGGUUUCGAUAUUACCAACAUCCCAGGUCUAGCCGACUUUAUCCGAAAUACUGUUCAUAUGAUCCUCGAACCGAUGAUGUACGAGCCCCAUGUCUUUACGCUCAAUUUGGAGCAGCUGAUGUCGGGAGUACCGCUCGACACUGCCAUUGGUGUUUUGCAAGUUACCAUCAUCUCUGGGUCUGGGAUCAAGGCAAACAAGAUUGGAGGAGGCACCCCCGAUCCAUAUGUCUCCAUCUCCAUCAACAACACCCAGUCCCUCGAACGUACGACGCCCAAGAUGGGUACGCGAACACCAGUGUGGAACGAGACCAAGUUUGUACUCGUCAGCUCGCUCUCUGGUCAGCUCGUGCUCACUAUGUGGGACUUUAACGAGCACCGCAAGGACUCUGAGCUUGGUAUGGCCAGCUACGAGCUCAAGAACCUUCUCGAGGAUGCUUCGCAGGAGGGUAUCGUUAGCAAGCUUUUCCUCGAUGCCAAGGAGCGUGGAGAGGUCAAGUUUGACGUCUCUUUCUUCCCUGUCCUCAAGCCCGCUAUUGUCGAUGGAAAGCCCGAGCCGCUUCCAGAGACGAAUGUCGGCAUCGUGCGCAUCGUUCUUCACCAAGCAAAGGAACUCGACCCGUCCAAGAAUACCAUCUCGAAGGAUAUCAACGCCUUUGCCAAGCUCUUUGUCAAUGGCCAAUAUAUCCAUGCCACCGACGUUGGAAAGCACACCCUCAGGCCCGUUUGGGAGUCACCCAAAGAGUUCCUCUGCUCGGAUCGCGAAGAGUGCAUCAUCACCAUCAAGGUGAUUGACGAUCGCGAUUUUUUGAAGGACCCCGUCAUCGGAUAUGUCAACAUCAAGCUCGAGGAUAUGCUCACCGCCAAAAGGGAAGGUCGCGAUUGGUUCCCGCUCUCUGGUUGCUCCAGCGGUCGUAUCCGCGUCAGCACCGAGUGGAAGCCGCUGGAUAUGGCCGGCUCAUUGCACGGUGCUGCCAAAUAUGUCCCACCUAUCGGUAUCGUCCGCGUCCUUAUGCAUCGUGCCGUCGACGUCAAGAAUGUCGAAGGCGGUUUGGGAGGCAAGUCGGAUCCCUAUGUUCGUGCCAGCGUCCACAAUACGGUUCUGGCGAGGACAGAAGUCGUGAACAAUAAUCUCAGCCCUGUCUGGGAUCAGUUCAUGUACAUCCCCGUUCACUCGCUCAAGGAGACGAUUUACUUUGAAGUCAUGGAUUAUCAACAUCUCACCAAGGACCGUCCGCUCGGCCACGUUGAACUCGAUGUGAAUAAGCUCGCUCAGGCUGUCCCAGAAGACGCACCCGACGCCGACAAGUACCCUUUCAGCAGUCUCGGACUUCAAGAGAUUACAGAGCCCAUUCGUGUGGACAAUUCGACAAAGGGCCAGAUUCAUUAUACGGCAGAGUUUAUCCCGGCAUUCCAUCUUGCUGGCGUGAGCUUUGGAACGAAGAACGCUAUUGAACAGGUGGUUGUACAUGAUGAAGACGACGAGGGAGAUCAGGACGUGCCACUGGAUUUGACGUAUAAUCAUGCAAGCACUGCUAAGAAUGGAGAGGCGAAUGGUGCGGCUGCGAAGGAUGCCCCGGCGAAUGGCUCUACGGAGGUCAAAGAGCCGGGGAGAAUGGGCAUGCGCACAAGACUCAUCAUGAUGAAGAUCCUCGCUUCACCUUCUGGUGUUAUCGUGUUUGAUAUCAUUUCUGGUCAGCUCUCCAAGAAGGGACGUCUCGAGAUUCUCAUGGACGACGGUUAUUGGCCCGUGUUCUCGACGCAAAAGUCGAAUGCCACCUCGGCUCAAUGGGACAUGGUUGGCGAAGGGUUCAUCAAAGAGCUCGACUUUGGUCGUGUCUGGUUCCGUCUCAAUGGCAAUGGUGACGGCGAAAAGGAGGAUAUUAUAGCGGAAUACAAAGUCGACGCAAAGGAGUUUCUGGAUAGGGCUCUUGAUGGACCUACCGAAUUUGUCCUCUCGAAUCAAGAUGGUGAGAGCAGGUGCAAGAUUCUGGUCGCUGCCAAGUUUGUUCCUGUGCCUAUCACGUUGUCCGCGAGGGAGAGCAUGUCCAAUCAAGGAAACCUGCGUAUGGAGAUCAUUGACGGUCGUGAUAUCCACGGUGCUGACCGUUCUGGAACGUCUGAUCCUUAUGUCGUCGUCACACUCAACGGCGACAAAGUAUACAAGACGGAAAGGAAGAAGAAGACGUUGACACCGGUAUGGAACGAGGCGUUUGAGUGCACGGUCAUGUCGCGCGUCGGUGCGGAUAUGGUCCUCCAAGUCAUUGAUUGGAAUCAGCUCGGACAAGAUGAGCCAAUUGGCAAGGUGCAAGUCGACUUGGCCUCUCUCGAAGCCUUUACUCCCCACGAAGUGUCCCUCCCACUUUCCUCGACCAAGCAUGGUGACAAGGGUUAUAUCCGCGUCCGUAUGCUCUUCACUCCCCAGAUUGUGGCCAAGAGUCGCAAGAGUACUAGCACCUUUAGUACUGCUGGUCGAGCGGUCACUCAAGUUGGUGGCGCACCCAUUGCGGUCGGUAAAGGUGUCGUUGGUGGCGUCGGUAUCGUCGGAAAGGGCGUUGUCGGCGGUGUUGGAAAUGUUGGUAAAGGUGUCAAGGGCAUCUUUAGUGGCAAGAAGGGUGGAGACGACGUAUCUUCUCCCCCUCCGACAGCAACGUCGUUCAACGCUCCUCCGUCGUCUGCCGGUGUGGAAGGUGGAGAAGAGCUUUCAGGCGAUCAAGGAAAUCUUCGCAUGGAUAUCAUCGACGGCCAAGAUCUUCACGCCGCUGACCGUGGCGGAACGUCUGACCCCUACGUCGUGGUCACGCUCAACGGCGACAAGGUGUACAAGACGGAUACGAAGAAGAAGACUCUGACACCAACCUGGAACGAGUCGUUUGACUGUUCAGUCGUGUCUCGUGCCGCUGCCGAGAUGAUUGUUCAAGUUCUCGACUGGAAUGCCCUUGGUCAGGAUGAGCCAAUCGGACAAGCUCGUGUCGAUCUUGCAUCGCUUCAGCCAUCUACCGCAUCCGAAAUCUCGCUGCCACUCACCUCUUCCAAACUUGUGAACAAGAGUCUGAAGAGCUCGAGCACGUUCAAUGUCAGUGGUCGUGCAGGUGUCAAGGGUCUGUUUGGUGGCAAGAAGUCUAGUGCUGGUGAAGAGCUAUCGUCUUCAUCUCCUCCCGCUGCCACGACGACGUUUGAUGUUCCUCCAAUACCCACCGUAGCCGAACCGAUCCUCCUACGCCAGGUCACCCGUCUGAGAUUCCCCAUGGGAUACAAUGUUGGCAAUGACUCGCAGACGUUCCCCAGGAGUGGCAACGGUGGCGUGUCUUUGGAUGGAACGUUGAGGGUUGUCGUGCAAAAGGGACAAGAUCUUGCAGACUCGGAUGGAGACCAAGUACGUCCGUACGUGGUGCUCUCGCUGAAUGGCAAGGAGUACAAGACGAAGCAUGGAAGCAAGACGAAUGCGCCAGAAUGGGACGAGUCGUUCACAUUCCCAGUAUCUGCGGAUACCAAGACGCUACAUCUCGAAGUGAUGGACCACCACACCAUUGGCAAGGACAAGAGCAUCGGCCAGGCUGAUAUUUCAAUCUGGGAAAAGCUAAAUCCAAAUGGUCCCGAUGCAGUCUCGACGACGGUUGUGACCAGCGACCUGCGUCAAGGUGUCGGCAACUUGACGGUCCGACUUGAAUUCGAACAGUCGACUGGACUCGGCCCUCGUGCAUCUAGCAUCGCAAGCUUUGACCGACCAAGUCUCGGUAGUCCGAGUCGAUUCAGUAUGCGCAAGGCAAAGGCUGCCCUCGCAGAAUAA